AUGCUGUACUUCUACGGCUCGGAUUAUCUCUUUAACUCCCUCCUCUACCAUGCCUACCAAAAGAAUAAGCUCAAUAUGGAGUUAAACUCCGACAAUCUUCCCGAACGCUACAAGGGAUUCCUAUCGACGGCAUGUGCGAAGCGGAAAGCCCGUGAUGUCAUCAGCCAGUACUGUAUCGGGCGGCUGGUACCGGCUAUUUCGGAAGCCUUCCCCGACUCAAAUACCUCCUUCGUCCUGCUCCCCCACGGACUGCCAGAUUUUCAGUUCAAUGGAGAUGCCGGGGCCAUUACACUUUCCACCCGAAUCAUCACCUAUGUCGACGACAACGGGUUCGAACGCCAGAUCAUGGUGGCGUCAGCGGAUGGGCAGGCCGAUUUGCAGCUGCUAGCCAAGGAUGGAAAGUUAUCAGGCGACAUGAAGCUGAACAAACUGAACGUGCACCUACAUCGCAGUAACCUGCCCGACCUCGACCCGUCCACCAUCGAGGGUCUCGCCCCGCUGGCGAAGAACUUUGUCGUCCCUCAAGUCGGGCAAGGGCUAAAGCGCGGAAUACCAUUUCCGAUCAGGGACCAACUUGAAUUCGUCAACCCGACGCUGCGGGUAGACGAUGGGUACGUCGAGCUGGCCGCCGAUUUCAUCCUCAACGAGGCCGUGCUCAAGAAGAAGAUGGCCGCCGCGUUCACUAAUAUUAAAAUU